UAGACAUAACCAGCCAGAAGCAGUAUGUGUCCAAAUUAAGGAGAAAUCCAUCCCCCUUUUCGGAAACCUAACAAACCCAAACCAGUAACGUUUUCAUCUCCGAAUUCAGACAAACAGACACUAAUUUUUACUACUAUUUAUUACUCUUUCUGUUCCUUUUCAAUCUCAACUCAAUAACCCUUUUCUUCCUAUAUAUUCCUUGAGAUUUUGUUGUAUCCAGAACAUGGAUCAUUUACAGAGGAAGCUACGCGACCACGAAGCUGCUAUGUUUCAACAGGGUUUUCUGGAUGAUCAGUUCAGUCAGCUUCAGAAACUUCAAGAUGACAGUAGUCCAGAUUUUGUGUACGAGGUUAUCACUUUGUUCUUUGCUGAUUCUGAUAAGCUUCUCAACAACAUGUCACAUGAACUAGCACAAGUACCUGUGAAUUUCAAACAAAUUGAUGCUCAUGCUCAUCAACAGAAGGGAAGCAGUGCUAGUGUUGGUGCUGCUCGAGUUACAAGUAUAUGUGCCACCUUCAGAAGUUUCUGUGAGGCUCAGAACCUCGAAGGGUGUCGUAGAUGUCUACAACAAUUGCAACACGAAUACAAACUACUGAAGACCCAUCUUCAUUACCUAUUUAAGCUGCAACGAGAUAUCAAGGCUUUCGGCCGUUCUAUUCCUACGAGGGAGUAAGAGAUUACAUGAUUGCCGACGGUUGAUAUUGAAAAAGAUAACGAAGCUUUCUAUGUAGCUGCUGAUUUUGUUUGUUUUGGUUUUUGUUGGAUUGUUCCUUCAGAAUUAGAGCUAGUUUGAAUGUUGGGAUAGUGUUGAUGCGAAUGCGCAUUUCUUGCUUAGUUUGAUAGAUAUAUAUAUGAUAUUUUAUAUAAUUUUUCCCAAUAAUCUGGAGAUUUAUUUGAA